CUCUGCUGAUAUCCCUGAUGAAAUACACGCACGUCAGAAUUUGUUCAAACGCAUGCGCGCAAAAAUGUCUGUUGAAUCCUUUUUAUAUUUCAGCGUUUUAAUUUUGUCAUCCUGAUUAAAACUGAUAAAUGUUACGUUAAAAAUUAUCGCGCGACACUGUCGCAAUUAAUGCAUUCGUUCUCUCGACAACACUAUGGCGAGUCACCGUCAAUGAACAACGCGGUGCAAAACACCGAGUGGCGUUGCAAACAGAAACAAGACAUGUCUUCGUAUUCGAGUGAGUUGUCACAGUCCCAGGAAUACUUGAGUUUUCGCAGUUCCGUACCGCUGCGAAAAAUCGUCGUUGACACCAACGGUACCAAGGGUUGGAAAGUGUACGAUUCCAAUCCAAAGAGUGUCAAAUGUCCUCUGAUAUGUCUUCCACCAGUCUGCGGCACUGCCGAUAUUUUUUUUAGACAGAUAUUAGGUCUGGCAGCCAAAGGUUAUAGAGUUAUAUCAGCUGAGCCACCAGUAUACUGGAAUAUAAAGGAAUGGUGUGAUGGAUUCAGAAAACUGUUGGACUAUUUGGAACUGGACAAGGUUCAUCUUUUCGGUGCUUCCUUAGGUGGUUUCUUGGCACAGAAAUUUACAGAACUAAAUGCUCAUUGUCCCAGGGUAGUAUCUCUUGUUCUGUGUAACACCUUCACAGAUACAUCUGUAUUUAAGUACAAUGACUCGGCAACAGUGUUUUGGAUUUUGCCUUCAGUAGUGCUGAAGAAAAUGAUAAUGGGGAAUUUCGCAGCAGAAAAAGUUGACGGAGAGAUUGUAGAGGCAAUUGAUUUCAUGGUAGAGCGACUGGAAAGUUUAACGCAACCGGAACUGGCAUCCCGUUUAACGAUGAAUUGUAUGAACUGUUAUGUACAACCUCAAAAAAUAUGUCACUUACCUGUAACGAUAAUAGAUGUUUUUGAUGAAUACGCUUUAUCAAAUGCAGUCAGAGAAGAAGUAUACAAAUGUUAUCCUCAUGCCAAACUUGCUCAUUUAAAAAGUGGUGGAAAUUUUCCGUAUUUAAGUCGAUCCGCCGAAGUUAAUUUACAUUUGCAGAUUCAUCUGAGACAGUUUGAAGAUACAGAAUAUGCAGCUUCGGAGAGAACAAAGACUUAGCGAAAUCUAUUCAUCAUCAUCAUCAUGUUAGGAAAAAACGUAUAUUAAUUAAUCAAACAAAAAUGGCCUCUGAUUGAGUAUUCAUAUGCAGAUAUCAAGACUAUUUGAUUUUGUGUUAAGACGUUUAGUCAUAGAGAUAUAGGAGAUAGAGUGGAGCGGACUGAAAAAGCGAUAAAGGCUUAGAAAGAUGCAUAAUUUUACGUUUAGUACAAAUAACUGUUUUCUUUAUAAAUAGAACGUUAAAUAAAUUGAUUAUAAUAUUUUUUACUAAAGUAAUAAUAAAGAUAAGUGAAAGAGUGAAGAAAAAAAAUUCUACUACCAUUGAUGUUAUUGCGCAUGCGUUAUUAGACAAGGACAGAGAGGGCCCAUAUGCAUCUUUCUCUUUUUAAACCUUUAUCGCAUUCACUUACGCGCUAGCAUAAGACUCGCGCACUCUAGUCUUAUAUCUCUAUGCAUUUAGUCAAAUUGAACAUAUGAUUCAGUUGAUCUCAUAUCUCUCGGUGAAACGCAUUAUGUAUAUGUACGUGUGUACGUAUAUAUAUAUAUUAUACAAUAUAACAAUAUGAAGACAUCACGCAAUA